UUUUAAUUUGUUAUUUUUGUGCUUAUUUUAGUCUUAUUUUUUAAUCAGCAAAUCGGUAAAAAUGGUUAAUAAACCAAAAAAUAAGUUUUACGUCAUAAAAAGAGGAAAGCGAAUCGAAGAAGUUCAUAUCGAUAAAAUAACUUCUCGUAUACAGAAAUUAUGCUACGGUUUAAAUAUGGACUACGUGGAUCCUGUAACGAUCACACUAAAAGUAGUAAAUGGCCUGUACCCGGGAGUAACAACAGCUGAAUUGGAUGCCCUAGCUGCAGAAACGGCAGCCACAUUUAGCGGAGAACAUCCCGACUACGCUACUCUUGCUGCUAGAAUAGCAAUUUCUAACCUCCAGAAAGAAACUAAAAAACACUUCAGCGAUGUAAUCGAUGACCUGUACAAAUUUUACGAUGAAACUUCCCACGAAACGGUUCCUUUAAUAUCCAAAGAAGUCCACGAAAUUGUAAUGGAGAACGCUGAUAGACUCAACUCCUGUAUUAUAUACGACCGUGAUUUCGCUUACAAUUACUUCUCGUUCAAAGAAUUGGAGAAACAUUACUUAUUAAAAAUCAGCGGCAAGGUAGUGGAAAGACCGCAACAUAUGCUAAUGAGAAUCUCAGUACAAAUACACUUGGGUGAUAUUGACGAGGCGAUUAAGACUUACAAUCUUCUCUCUGAGAAGUAUUGCAUCCAUUCCAUCAAUACCAUUCUUUUAGCAGGGAGCCCUAAACCUCAGAUGUGCUCGAGUAUAUCGAUAAUGAUGCCCGAUGAUUCCAUUAAUGGAAUUUUCGAUUGCUUGAGGCUCUGCGGCGUGGCAUCAAAAUACACCGGGACUAUCGGUUUAAACAUUCAAAAUAUAAGAUCAACAGGGACCUACAUAGCCGGUACUAACGGUGUAUCUAACGGAUUAGUCCCUUUGUUAAGAGUAUUCAAUAACGUAGCUUGCUAUGUCGAUCAGUUAAAUACGCAAACAACCAGUGAAAUAAACGUUUAUCUAGAGCCUUGGCAUUCCGAUGUUAUCGAUUUUUUGAAUUUGAGUAAACCAGGAGGUAAAGAAGAAUUAAGAACGAGAAAUUUAUCGUACGCUCUUUGGGUACCUGAUCUUUUCAUGGAGAGAGUCGAAGCCAACGAAAAAUGGUCCCUAAUGUGUCCUUGUCAAUGUCCUGGACUCACCGACUCCUACGGAGAGGAUUUCAACAAACUUUACGAGCAGUACGAGGCUGAAGGUAGAUACAAGAAACAAAUCCCUGCUCAAGAGCUGUGGAGAGCUAUUAUCGUUUUGCAAGCAGAAACCGGAGGUCCUUUGAUGAUGUAUAAAGACAGCUGCAAUAAGAAGAGCAACCAACAACACAUAGGGACCAUCCGAGGGGGUAGUUUUAGCGGAGAAGUAGUUCAAUUCACGUCGGAAGAAGAAGUUGGGCUAUGCCCGCAGGCUUCCAUAGCAGCGAAUAUGUUCGUAAGCGCAGACAGGAAAACGUUUGAUUUCCAGAAAUUGAAGGAAGUGGCGAAAACUGUCGCCAAGAAUUUAGACAAGAUCAUCGACAACAGUUUCUAUCCACUGGCCGAACAAGGGAAUUCGCUUCGAAAUCAUCGGUCUGUAGGGAUCAGCGUUCAAGGUUUAACAGACGUUUUCAUUUUAAUGCGAAUGCAAUUCGAUAGCGAGGAAGCCAGAGCUUUGAACAAGCAGAUAUUCGAGACGAUCUAUUAUGGAGCCUUGGAGGCGAGCUGUGAGUUGGCGGAACUGCAUGGGCCUUAUCCUAUGUAUGAAGGUAGCCCUAUAAGUAAAGGCAAAUUGCAGUAUGAUAUGUGGAAUGGGGUGAAACCUUCCGAAUUAUGGGAUUGGUCUGCACUAAAGGAAAGGAUUGCGAAAUCUGGAGUACGAAAUUCUCUAUUAGUAGCCCAAAUGUACGCUCCUAUUCUAUCCAGGUUAUUUGGAAACAGCGAAUCUGUGGAUCUCUACAGGUCGUUUUAUUACACUAGAAGGGUAAGCUCCGGAGAAUUCCCGGUUGUCAAUCCUUACCUUCUGAGGGAUUUGGACGAGAAGGGCAUUUGGGAUGACAAGAUUAAGGAAGCUAUUAUUUCUUCUGGGGGAUCCAUACAGAAUAUACCCGAAAUUCCAGACGAUCUGAAGGCUAUUUAUAAAACAGCCUGGGAAGUUUCCCAGAAAAGCGUCGUUAACAUGGCGAUCGAACGAGCGCCUUUCAUCGAUCAAUCCCAGAGCUUGAAUAUUCACAUGCAGAAUCCGAACUAUGGUGCAUUAAGUUCUAUGCAUUUUUACGCAUGGCGCAAUGGGCUGAAAACGGGCAUGAAUAAAUUGAAGACGAGAACCGCUCCGACGAUAUUUAAAACCGAUAAACAAUUAAAGGUAGCCACACAAGUCGAAGAAGCCUACAUUUCUAACGAUAUUGAAGAAAUGAAGAAGCAAAUGGAAGAAGCCGAGGAGAAAAAUAUGGCUAGUUUAGUAUGUUCAUUGCAGAAUAGAGAGGCUUGUGAUAUGUGCGGAGCUUAGAUUUAUUUUAAAUGUGAAUUUUCGUUUUCUUAAUUGUAAUUUUCUUGAGGUUUUUAAUAAAGUAUUUUAGGUCUACUAAAG